UUUGUAUAACAGCAAGCGCCGUGUCCAAUUUUUUCUAUUUUUUUUCUUUAACCCUAUUUAAGCGAAUAUUGUGUUUCCUAUUGAGUGUUCUCUACUUUGGAUGUUUGCGAAACUUUGCCGACCGUGCGGUUGUCAUUUUAUAUUUUGACAAUUACAAUUCUUUCAAAGUGAUUAAAGUAACAGUGCAGCAGCACACUGUGUGCGUGCUGCCAUCAAAUUAUAAAAAUUAAUCCAAUAACUGUGCGAUAUUUUAUUUUUGAUUAUCAGAAAGUAGGCUUCGAACAUCGUCCUAUUGUAUGUACUAUUGUAGAAAAGUAAAUAUGUGAUGUGUGCUUGCUAAUGUGUUUAAGACUUAAAAAAAUUUUUUCUUUGCAUAGCCCAACGACUGCAUAUAAAAGUUACAUUGGUUUUUUGCAGAAUCGUUCACUCUAAUGGAGGAUAACAAAUAUUGUUCUUCCCUAAGCGGCGAAAACAAAACAAUUAAACUAUUUGAAGAGAAAAAAAAUUCCAUGAAAAAACAAAAAGGACAAACUCUGACAUUGGAGCAAAACGAACUGAUGAAACCAGAACAAGAAACGCAAUUGAAUAUUGAGGACAAAAAAGUCAAUGGAGAGAAGCAUAAAGAUUGUCAGAAAACACCGCCCUCAGCAUCGAUGACGAGAGCGAACUCCACAUGUUCAUCACUGACACAACAAAUAGAUGGAGGCGUCUGUAAUAAAGUCGAUAUUGAAAUUAUGACAAAUGCGAAAGAAAUUAAAAAUUCGGAAAAAUCCAAAUCAUUAUCACCAGAGAAGACAAAAGAGGUUUUAACGUUGGGAAAAGAAGCAAAUAAUUUGACAUCUGCGGGCAGAUCAUUAGACGAAGACGCCGAAUAUUUGUCAAAAACAAGUCCAAUACCAAAUCAAAACGAACAUAAGCCUACGUCGAGACGUAAAACACAAGAAAACGUGCUUGAGAAGGAUGAGCAUUGUCCUCUUGCGCAAGGAACAAAUACCUCCCAUGAAAAUUUACAAAGUACGAAAAUUGAUAAAAUGAAACGAAAUAAGGACAAGAAAACUAUAAAUGGAAACUCAAACGAAGAAGCGAUUGAAAAUGGAGAAUGUGUGGGCAGUGGAGAGCGAAGUUUAAAUAAAGACCACUUGAAAUUUGAAAAUGAAAAGAGUAAAAUUGGAAAAGAUUCGACAAAAAUAUCUGCGGAAAACUCGAUGAUUUAUAUUCAUAAGGGAAAAAAAUUAGUGGAUAGUUUGGUUAAAAGUCCGACCGAAGAAAAGGAGAAAGAAAAUAUUCCAAGCGAAUGUCUUUCUAAUCAAACUACGAAAACUGAAACCAAAAGUACAGAAGAAAAUUUGCUUACACCUUAUGGAGUAGUUAAUCCUGGAGUAACAACAAAGCUAGCAGUAAAUGUAAAAGAAAAGUAUGCUGGAGUUGAGGUAAAUGAAAUCGAGUCAGAGGAUAAUGAGCGGGAUUCUUUGACUGUCAAAGGUGUUCUGGAGCAUAUAAAGAACAAGCUAGAGAAUAUCUCAGAAGGUUUGCUUGCUGCAAAUAAAAUGAAGGAUAAACGUGAUAAAGAAACCAUAGUGAAAGUGAUUCCAAACCCACAACCUGCUGUGUCCGUUAACGAUAACAAUAAUAUAAGGUCGGCCGUAGAAGUCGCUUGUAGCACAGUAAACGGAAAACGAGUCGAAUGCUCGGAAAUUCGAAGGGAAUCUGAAGGAGAUGAAGCCUUAGAGAAUGUAGAAGACAUUGAAAUACCAGAUGAAGAUGAUGAAGAAGAAAUGAUAUUACCUCACGAAUCAAUAGGAGUAACAACAGCCGCCCACGAUAAAGAUAAUCAAGGCGUCGUUACAGAAGCGAAAACAAAGAAUGGCGUGCGAGAGAUUGAUGAUGAUAAUUUAUUGGAAACCACAAGACAUGGCGUUAAUUAUGACAAUCAAAAAAGUGGUGAAGCAACAGACGAGCGAAUAAAGACUUCAACUGCAGCUCAAGAAUCGGAGGUGAUAUCUCUUGAAGAGGGUAGCAAUGAUAGCCAAGAGCAUAAUUUAAACAACUUCCACGAAGAUCCUUUAAAUUGUUUAGAUAAUGAAACAUCAACUAAGGACAGCCAAGCAGUUAACAAAAUCGAGAGCAUAAAUCUUAUUGCCGAAGACGAUGAUGAUGAAGAUGAAGUACAGAUCAUUGAAAAUCGUAACUCACCCAUAUGCAUUGAAUCAGAUGAUGACGAUAAUGAUGAUGAUCUUGAGGAGAAUGAAAGAUUAAAGGAACAAGCAUCCACUAUUAGGCGAAGUCCCAGUAAACAAAUUAUAACGACUCCCACGGCAACGGUAUCAGUGUCGAAAAAUAUCACAAUAACACGGACCAACGCUAGAAAGUCCACUGCUAAACAGCAAUUUCCUAGCAAAUCAAAUAUCAUGGCCACCACUUUGUCCGCUACCGCUACCGCCCGUAUCGGAAGCACACAAAACAAAACUAAGCCAACUUUCCACAAUUUGUCGCAAAGAAGCGCAACUCCAAUAUCGAAUGAAUCGGACGUGACAGUGCUCGAUACAAUAGAUUUAUUGGACAGCUCUGAUGAUGAAGAACAAACGAGAUUAUUUGUUAAGAAACGCACUUUAUUAACUACCAACAAUAAGGUACAGGGGCAGACAUCGAUGAGCAAUAUGACCAGCACACUCCCUCUUAGCAAUCAAUUUCAAAGAAAUCUGCGCUAUAAGGCAGUUAGUCGCCCAUUAUUGAAGCCUACGCCUCAGUCGAAUUUCCUAAAUGCCGUCCAACUACAACCAACUGCUGCGUUCGGGGUUCAACCAGCUGCCUUCUCCGCUUUACUAUCGAAUAAAAACGUUAUCAUUCCGAACGCUUUCUAUGGUAAUCCACCCGGGUUACGAAGUCCGUCACCGGAUGAGCAGGCUUCAAAGGAAAAUUCUGUACGCUGGUUAAAGCAUUUCGUUCUUCAAUUUUCCAACGCUCAGUUAAUAGCUUCGCAUUCGUGUUUCGUUCUGCUCCAAAGGGUACUACGAUACAAAGAUUUUAUGCGCAUUAAAGCGCUUCGUGCCAAUUUAAAUACGCAGGCCCAUACUGCCAAGGAUUACAUAGAGACCACUUUGUUAAAAGAAUUGGCCACACUAUUUUUCAAAUCUUCGGCAAAUGGGGGAGUGACGACUUGUGGCAAACGGUUUUCCGAACUUACCUGCGUUGGCAGUGAUGGUGGAAUCAACAGAAAACCAGUGACACUUAUGACCCAUGCCGCCGGUGGACGGGCGACCUUAAAAACCUGGCAUUUCAAUUCUGAUAUAGAAGACAUAGCGCUACCAUCGGCGGCAAUUAAUGUAGAAAGCUACGCGAAAGUUGUAAAUCCAGUCACUUCAACACUAACCACCGCCACCACAAACCGUAAACGUCACACAAAUGAUGACGAUGAUGAAGAUGAAUAUGUGCCAUCUCAACCGAUAUAUAUGGAGAACCCAUCCCAGGAAAACAAUGGCGAAGAACGUAAACGUUCAUUGCGUACUAAACGUACCAAACGUUAUGACAGCAAUUUCAGUUACAAUGAAGAUUUAAUCGAAUUCGAUAUGGAUAAUGAUAAUUACGAUAACGAAACAACACAAUUAAUAGAGGAACGUCAGGCAAAGGCUCAAGCUGAUGCGAAGAUACAACAAAAGAUUGAGCAGAAACGUUUAGAGGCGAAAAGGCAGCGCGAACAACAAGUGAAAUCGUUCGAAAGCGCUUUUAUUCAGACUUUCACCAAGACUAUAGACGAAGGCGCAACAAUGGAAGAAAGUAGUAAUGAUCAAGAGAAAGCGAUUUCUAAGCGGGUACGUUUAAAUAAUGACGAUUCUACAGCUCUUAUUGGUCAAUAUGCACCAGUAAACGACGCGGAAGACUUACUACAAGCCACUUGGAUAGAAAAUAUUGAAAAUUCAGAAACAAAUGGAGUCAUAAAUGAAGACAAGCGAAAGACAAAGAACGUCAACGAUGUUAAUUACGAUGACGAAUACAAUGAUCCGGAACAAUUAUUGCAGCAUUAUAUCUGUACUAGUACAAGUUCUUCAACGUCACAAUAUUCCAAAAAAUAUCAAAAAUCAAAAAACGGAAAAAAAAACACCUCACUAAAGCAGCAAACUACAAAAUUUGAUUUUGAACAAACGCGGCAACCACAUUGUACUGAAGAUGAAUUCAUUACAAUUGGUGGAUGGCCAAAUGAUGAGGCAACGACUGCCACCUCUAGUCGUUGGCCCAAAAAUACGGACAUUGAUAUGCAUGUGAAUGGCAGAAAUAAAGAUGUUUGCGUCAUUUGUAAACUGAACGCUCUGCGCAUUGUCCAACAUUACGUAAACUGGCAUCCUGGCUGUGAAAUAUACACUUCCCGCCUAACUUUCUCCCGUAUUCUGCAGUUACAACAUACUAAUCUCAAUUUGGCAACAGUAAGCACGUACAAGAAGGGCAAACAUCAAUACGAGGCAACCUGUGCAUUCUGUUCGAAACGAUCGCGUUUUAUGCUGCUCUAUUGGUACCAUCAUUUCACGAUGCAUACAGGAGAAUAUACUUACAGGUGUACUGGCUGUGGUGUACGCAAACCAACACGUUCCCUAAUUUCUCUAAUUUCACAUCAUAAGCAAUCUUGCCCUGGUAAUAUAGUGCAAGAGCAUGUCUUUGAUCAGAAGGCAACACAAAUCGAGGCCUUCUACUGCAGCCUGUGCAAUUAUGUGCAAUUGCAUCGCACGAAUAUAGUCAAACAUUUACAUACACAACAUAAUAUCAAAAAGAUAUUACCCAAGCAUGUACAGAAAGUUAUAUUGUUGCGUGCGCACAGAUCACAUGCGGCUACAGCAAAUUUAAAAUCUCUGCACACAUCUCAAGUGGAAUACAUUACUGAUGACGACGACACUCAAAAUGACGCUGGAUAUAAAGAAGAUAAAAACGACAAUCAGCAAGAAGUCGAUGAUGAAGCAGAAAAUUAUGCAAGCAUUUCAUCGUCAUCACAAGGCCAAAACCAAUAUUAUAACUACAUGCCGCCCUAUAUACUGCAAUCUGAGCAAUUGCCACAAUGGGAUACAACGAUGAUGGAUGACGGGGACGACCUAUCUUACACAAUUUGCGGAAUGUUGGAUGUACAAAUGCCUACCGGUCUUUGAAGACAUAAGUAAUUUAUACAAUGAAGUAAA